AUGAAAACGAGGAAGACGGCUGUUUAUGAUGAGUCAAACAAUAUCACUCUUUCGUCUACUCCGCCAACCCCAGCAAGAACAACCUGGACGUUACUUAUCUACCUUACUGGACCCACAACGGGCUGUGUUGGAGGGGAAACGGUCUUUUAUCCUGAACUUGGCCCGGCAAAGAAGUUUUCAGGGAAAGGCAUUGACACAGACCCUAUCGUUGUUGACCUAGAAGUUGGCAUGGCUCUUUUGCACAAACACGGCCAGGACUGUCUCUUGCACGAAGGAAAGACGGUCAGAAAGGGCGAGAAAUGGGUCAUCAGAAGCGAUUUGUGUGUAAAGAGAUGA